AUGAACGCAACGACCAGCUUUUUCGACGCCAGCCAGCUCCAGUACCUCGCCAACCGCACUCCCUUCUACUACUCCCCAGCACCCGCGCUCUUGUCAUGGCUUCCUGACAAGCAUCUCACCCUCGCGCUCCCCAUCAUCGCCUACUGGGCCUUGAGUCUCGUCUUCCACAUCUUCGACGUGUCGGGAUGGGAGUGGCUUGACAAAUACCGCCUCCACGAGAGUGCGGAGGUCAAGUCCCGCAAUCUGGUUUCCAAAUCGCAGGUCGUGCAAGCAGUCAUCCUGCAACAACUGGUGCAGACCGCGCUUGGUCUCUGGUGGAUAGAGGAGACUGCGGCUGGGGAACAGGUGGACCAUGUGGCGGCCAUGCUCAAGCUCGUGCAGGUUGCAGCACUUUGGUUCGGCGAGGACACCGUAAGACAGUGGCUGACCAACAACGGUGUGGAUGGACUGUACACCCUGUAUUGGUGGGCGAUUCCUCUCGCCAAGUUCCUAUUCGGAAUGUUCAUCAUCGACACAUGGCAAUACUUCCUCCACCGCGCCAUGCACAUGAACACCUAUCUGUACAAGAAGUUUCACUCCUACCACCACCGUCUUUACGUCCCGUACGCGUACGGCGCGCUCUACAACCAUCCCCUUGAAGGCUUCCUACUGGACACAUGCGGUGCGAUGCUUGCUGAGACCAUCGCAGGGCUUUCCAUGCGGGAAGCCAUGCUGCUCUUUGGUGUAUCUACUCUCAAGACGGUAGAUGACCACUGUGGCUACAAGCUCCCGUGGGACCCUCUCCAGUUCGCCAGCCCCAAUAACGCCGACUAUCAUGACAUCCAUCAUCAGGUUAUUGGUAUCAAGAGCAACUUUUCGCAGCCGUUCUUCAUCCACUGGGAUGCUAUCCUGGGCACACGGAUGACCCGGAAAGAUAUCGAAGAGCGUCGCGCGAAGCAGAAGGCCAAGAUGCAGUAG